UCGCAGAGCCGUGCGGACGUUCCGCGGGUGACUGGUGCGGCUCCCGAUGCGGGCGUCCCGUCCGUCUGUCCGUAGAAGACGGAGAUAGCGGAGGUGGAGAGACGGUGAUUACAGAGCGAGAGAAAGAGAGCGAGGGAGGACGUGCGGGAGAAGCGACGAGGUCACAUACACACGUACGCACGCCGUGGCAGCCGCCGACGAGAUUCGGCGACGACGGUGGAGGCGGCUGUACACUCCGCGUUUCGCGAGAUAAGAAAGAGAACGAGAAAAAACGAGAGAAGAAAGAGAGACAGAGAGAAAGGGAGGAAACAACGUCAAACUUUAUCACGAGAGGAGCAUGACGCGCGACGGGGCUGCAAGCAGCGUGUAACAACGACGGGUGAGAGAAACGACAACGGGGACGGGGACGACGACGACGACGACGACGACAACGGAUACACACGCGCGGCACCACCGACACUCGAUGACGUCAUACCACCGGCCGCAACAUGGAGCCCGCCGACAGUUCCUCCACCCGAUCAAGAUGACACCGUCACUUUACGUCUCGCGCAUAAAUCAGAUCGAUGCUGCUCAAUUGGACGCAGAAAUUUAUAAGGUGCUGAGAAAUCAAACCAAAGAAAUCGCUAAAUACUGCACGCCCGGUAAGAUCGACAAAUGGCAAACGGAAGUGGACGCCGUUCUGAAAUUCCUCAUCUGGAAAUUCUCAUUGCAACGAGGCUCUUCGACAUUCGGCCAGCGACUACUCAAUCUGCACUACGUCAACAUCAAUCAAAGGAAAACUAUACUCUACUUAAUCCUAAGCGUCGCACCUCAGUACUUGAAAGACAAAUUGGCCUACGAGAACCUGUCCGAACGCGGCACGUUCGCUCGAGCGCUAAAGUCGCUCGUCGACUGGAUGACGAACGCGAUCAAUCUCCUGGAGCUCGUCAAUCUACUCCUUUUUCUUCAUCGGGGUGUAAAACCGCGCGUGAUAGAGCUUCUGCUUAAUCUAUCCAGUCAGUCAAUAACAACACACCGACCCAGAAUCAUCGGUUACUCGUACAUGACGAGAGAAUUGCUCUGGCACGGUCUGAUGGAGCUCUUCACGAUUGGUAUACCCAUGAUAAACCUCCACUACCUGAAACACUUAGUGACGAGGCUGUGGCGACGACCGAAACCGUCGAUCGGAUUGUUGCCGGUGAUGAACGCCGCGACCAAGUGCGCCUACUGCUACGAAGACCCAAUUCUGCCAUCGCACGCCGGCUGCGAACACUUGUUCUGUUAUUAUUGCUUGCAAGCGCACUUUACCGCAAUGAACGCGUUCCAAUGUCCCAGGUGCAACGCGGAGCUCUAUGCCGAAGAUAUGAAAAGAUACACGAUCGCGAGCGCGUCUUGGAGCGACGACGAGGAAUCGGACGAUAGCUUCGAGAGAGUGGACGAUGGAUAACGCGAACGUAUGUAUAUUUCCAGAUUUUAUCAGAGUUAAAAGUGACUCGAUGCUCGAAGUGAUGUUAUUGUGAUGAACGAGUUACGUGCCUGAACUUUUAGUCUUAAGCACUAUCUUUACAAGUGAAAAUGAUUUGAUUACUAUGUGAUAAUGUGUUGAUUCCGCAAAGAGAAAGAUUCCCUGCAACAACCAAAGUAACUAAAUAAGAUAAUAGUGAUU